GGCGGCGCGGCCUGGCCCGGCCCCGCUCCGCCAUGGCCCCGGCGCUGCGGCUCUGCGCCCUGGCCCUGGCCCUGCUGCCCGCCGCCGUGGCCGCGCAGGACGCGGCCGGAGAUUGUCGCCAAUAUACGAACAGGAGCUGUGAAGAAUGCCUGAAAAAUGUCACUUGCCUGUGGUGUGCCAGCAGCAGGAGGUGCAUGGAGUACCCCGUCCGAAGGAUCCUCCCCCCAGCCGAGCUGUGCGAGCUCCGCUCCGCGCGCUGGGGAGUCUGCUGGGUGAACUUUGAAGCCCUGAUCAUUGCAAUGUCCGUGGUGGGAGGAACACUUCUGAUCAUGUUGGGGGUCUGCUGCUGCUGCUGCUGUUGUAAGAAAAAGAGCAAAAAGCCAGACAAGGAUGACGAGAGAGCAGCCAGGGAGCGGGAGAAGAGGCGGGUGAGGCAGGAGGAGAGGAGAGCAGAGAUGAAAUCACGGCAUGAUGAAAUCCGAAGAAAAUACGGCCUGUUCAAGGAAGAGAACCCUUAUGCAAAAUUUGAGAAUUAGCAUCUCCAGACACUCCCACCCACCCUGGUGAAUGGUGUCUUUUGCAGAGCCAAAAGUCUCCAGGCUUCCCCCCACCACCAUAGUGCCACUUCAGCUGCCACAGAGGAUGACCCAAAUGCUUGGUGACACCAUUGUCCCCACUCCAGGUGCUUGAUGUGGCUAGGGCUUUGCUCUUGCCCUGCUGGUGCAGGAAACUGUGGGGCAAUACUGAAGGAUGGAGCAUUUCUUCUCACUCACCUCAGGGUGGUUGUGGUAUCCAAAGCAAUGCAUGUAACAGUCCUUGUCCCAGCCAAGGGCAAAAACAAAGUCACACAUCUCCCUCACUCCUGCCUCACCAAGAACACUUCAUGCACAUAGAGCUAGGCUCUUCUGCUCUGCCCUCCUUUUUCUUUCUUUUAGUAUAUGCAAAAGCCAGCAAGAGUCUCCUGGCAUAAGGGUCAGCAGGAGGCUUUGGCUGUCACUCCAGGUGCCUGCACUCAUCCCAGCACAUUAGCAGUCCUCUCAAAGAGCACAAGUUUCUGGUGAUCUGGUGCUUCCAGGAGGAAGGUCUUAUGUGCACCUUCUCACUUGCAACUAAUCUGGGGAAAUGCCCCAGCUCUCCUACCUCUCUGUGCCUUUCUAGAAAGGUGGUCUUGGGCUCAAUGGCCACAUCUGUUAGCAAUACUGUAAGUUUCAAGUGCAUUUACAAUAUGCUGACUGUAUAUUAAACUGAUUCAAUUAC